UCCACUUUCAUUUCUUGUCUUCCAUUGUGGAAAAAAGGGCUCAGCCAUGAAGCUCGUCCUCCUUCUUGUCUGCCUUGUGCCUCUCACUCUCGCAAGGGAGAAGCAAGUACUCAGUGCAUCUGCUGAGACUUCAGAAAGUGUUGCAAGCAGUGACGAAUAUAUUACACAUAUCAAGCAGAAACUUCAACAGAUUAAACAGGAGGAGCAGCAGCAAAAACAGGCCGCUGCCCUGCCCUUCUUCCAGGACCAGCGCCAGGCCCCCGCCCCCUACGCCGCGCCCGAGCCCUACGCCGUCCCGGGUGCCAGCCUCCUGCCAGUGCCGCAGCCCGCCGCGGCGCCCGCGCUCCUGCCGCUGCUGCAGCCCGAGGUGAUGGCCAACUUCCCCAGGGCCGAGCAGGCGCCCUUCCUGCCCGCCGCCUUCCCGGUCCCCGUCCCUGGAGUCCUUGGCCAGCAGAUCCCCGUCAUCGUCGGCCCGCAGAUACCCCAGCAGCAACAGCUCGUGCCCAUCGCGCCGCCGCUGCCGGGGGUGGUCCUGCUCCCCGCGCACGCGCAGCCCGUCCCGCAGACGCACGAGCCCACCCGGUUCGUCCAACAACUGCUGUACCGCGCCCUGCAGCCCCAGCUCGCCCAGCGCGCUCCAGAGCACAGCUACGUUGCUGUGUAAGAGGAUUUCAAGAUCAAUGCUUCCACCUCAUAUUUUGAAUUGACUAGGACGGGAAAUGUGGCAUCCUUUCUUUGUAUUUUAUUACCCAGAGUCACUCAUUUUGAAAUGAAUCCACAUGAAGAAAUGAAAGUUUAUUCUCUUGUUAAUUUUAGAUGUUAUAUGGCAUUCAUUUAAUUUGAAUUUGGUGGAAGCACUCUAAAUGUUACAUUUCUGGAAUUAGAUUUCCUAUUAUUUCUUUAA